AUGAGAGAACUCAUGCAAGCGUUUGACGAUGUCAAGAAGCAGUUUGCAUUCUCAACACCUGAUGUUCGAUUCAGCCUACGAGGGGAGUUGGAGAACCUUGACAUUUUUGGUAAAGUAAACAAGGGCCUAAUUACCAUUCCACAAUCGACAAUGCGAGGCUUUUUCGACUCCUGCAUCAAACAGAUAGUUGAGCUCAUCUGGGAACAUGUUGAUCGCAUCGAAGAAAGAGGCAGUCGUCCAAAGCACUUGUUUCUUGUGGGUGGUUUUGGGGCGUCUGAGUACCUAAAACAUCGCCUCAAGGAGACGAUCACCGAGGAAGAGAUGCAGAUGAGCUACCGACAGCCGAAGGAGUCCUGGACAGCAGUGGUUCGAGGAGCAGUGGUGUGUGGUAUCGAGAAAGAUGCGAUACCGAACUUGAGAAAGACCGAUGUUUGCCGACACAACUACGCGGUUUGCUUCGACCAACUCUACUCAAAUACGUUCCACGUAGAAAAGGAUAUGACCCAGAUCCAUGGAGCCACGUACGCGCAAUCUCAACUCACAUGGCUACUCAAUAAGGGUGACCUAGUCCUGUCGGAUCAGCCGCGUAAAGAGGAGGUGUCAUUUCAGCUUACACUAAGGGAUCUGAGUGCUGGCAAGACGCAAUUGGAGAUCUUCAGAAACUCCGAUGAUGAAGAUCAGCGGCCUCGACGUUACCAGAAUGCCAAGGAAGGUCGGUCGAUCCGCUUAGACCUCCAUGUCAUUGGUCACUAA